ACAACAAAAACAAAAAAUAGAAACAAAAACUAACAACAACUACAAAAUGAUCAAAGGUAUUCUAAUACAGCGCAAAAGUCAGGAGGAUGCCAGCUAUGCAAAGCAACUCAAAAUGGAGCACGCCGAUCUGGUGGCCGAAAUGCAAACCGUGGAGAGUCUACCCACACACGAGCGAUUGCAAUUGGCAAGACUGCGGCGUGCUCAACAAUUGAAGUUGGCCCGUCAAAAGGAAAAAGAAUGGGUUAAAUUGCAGCGGUCCAAAGGGUAUACCGGAAGUGGUGGCAGCGGCGGGGGCAGUGGCAGCGGUGGCGGUGGUUCGACAAAUAGCCAUCUACUGAAUGGCGGCGGCGAUACAACUCAUCAUUUCCGGCAUGCGAAUGGCACGGCCACGUUAAGCGGUCGCCGUCACAUCUCUUUUGAGAAUAGUGUGGUGCUAUUGGAGGCCGCAUCGCGGAAUGAUAUGCCCGAGGUGGCUGCAUUGCUGCAGCACGGCAUUACACCGGAUGCAGCCAAUGAGGAUGGGCUGACGGCCAUGCAUCAGGCGUGCAUUGACAAUAAUGUGGAUAUGCUGCGUCUCCUGCUCGAGUAUGGGGCCAAUGUGGACGCCCAGGACAGUGAUAAAUGGACGCCGUUACAUGCGGCGGCCACGUGUGGCCAUUUGGAGCUGGUGCGCAUACUCAUACGGCAUGGUGCUAAUCUAUUGGCCGUCAACACGGAUGGUAAUAUGCCCUACGACCUGUGCGAUGAUGAGAACACAUUGGAUUUCAUCGAGGGCGAGAUGGCUCAACGUGGCGUUACCCAGGAGCUAAUCGAUGAAACGCGCUCCUCCACGGAGCGCGUCAUGCUGAGAGAUCUCAUGGAAUUGGCACGCACUGGCGGCGAUCUCGAAGAGCCGGACUAUCAGUGUGCCACUCCGCUUCAUAUUGCUGCGGCCAAUGGUUAUGUCCGUGUGGUGGAAUUUCUACUGGAGCAGCAUGUCAAUGUUGAUGCCAUGGACAAGGAUCUGUGGACGCCAGUGCAUGCGGCUGCAUGUUGGGGACAUCUUGAGGUUUUGGAGAUGCUCGCCCAAUGUGGCGCCGAUUUGAAUGUACGAAACAAAGACGAUGAAACGCCCUCGGAUAUUUGUGAAGAUCCGGAGAUAAGGGAACGCAUCGAGCAACUGAAAACUGAGCAGGAGAGCAAACGACUGGCGGAGGCGCAACGAAGGCGCGUUCGACGCUCACAGAGCAAUAAUACCAGAGCCCAAUCGGUGCGUCGCACUAGUUUACGCGAUAAGACACUGACAACCAAAAAAGAUGCCGUCGAAGAGACUCGCCUGCGUUUGCAGGCCCAGGAGGCUACGGCCACCACGGAGGGUGGCGGUGGUGCUGCUCCAUCGGGGGCUACCGAUUUACCCAAUGGCUAUGGCGGCUAUCAGCAUACAAAUAUUAAUAAUAAUACCAACAACAUUAACAACAAUGGCGAGAAACGCCCAUCAACGGCCAGUUUGAAUGGCCAAUUGAUGCCGCAUUCGAAAUCGGCCGAUGCGGUAGACAAUACACAACAUUCCUAUUUACCAAGACGUCCACCCGAUGGCCGGGAGAAUGACUCCGAGCAGCUGCAGCAGCAACAACAAUUCAAAUCGAUUGGAUCGACUGGCCAAGUUGCAGGUGAGCAUCAACGUGCCACCUCGGCAGCGGCUGUUAUUCUGUCCGACAAGGGAACGGCAGCCAGUGCCGAGGCCGUACAAAUUCAAUCAUCCAAGGAGGCUGCCAAUGGCAAAAUCAAUGUCCAGGUCACUGUUUUAGUGGACACAAACAGCACUCAUCAUCAGCAACAUCAACAUCAGCAACAACAACAACAACAACAGCAUCAGGCAUUAUUGUUGCAACAUCAGCAACAACACCAUCAGCAACAUGUUGCCAUGGAUAAUGGUUAUAGUGCUGCUACAUUAUCAAAUUUAAAAAAACAACGUUCGCUUUCACGCACCGCCAAUGUCCUCAAUAAUUUUGAUUUAUCAUCUGCAACAACAACAACAACAUCAUCAUCUGCAACAUCAACCACAAACGCAGGAACAGCCGCAGCCGCAGCAGCAGCAGCAGCAUCCGCAACAACAACAACUAAUGGUUCUGUUUUAGGAGCCGCCACCACAGUGAACAACAACAACCUUAGCACCAGCAACAACAACAAUGGCAACAACACCAGCAACAACAUAAACAACAACAACAACAAUGCAGGAGGUGGAUCAUCUGGAGGAGGAUCAUCAUCAUCAAUAGUGGGAGGAGGAGCUGGAGGAAUCGGAGGACCAAUUGCCACCCAACCCCUGGGCUUGGGUCACAUGAGUCCCAGCUAUUUGGAAUUUGAAACAUCUUCAGCAACAGCCGCCAACAAUUCGAUGAACAAAUUUAGCGGCAUCACCGGCGAUGUGGUCAGCGAUAGCACCAGUUCGAGUCGCAAAUGUUGUAUCCUAAUGUAAACGAGAUGAGCAAACGUUUAGAGAAUUCCAAAAAGCGCAGGGGGAAGAGAGGGAGAAAGUUGCAAGUUUUUUCCAAAGUUUCGUAUAACAAGUCUUUCUUCCUUUCGAAACUAUAUCAAGAAUAGUUGAUAAGGAUUCUUUACCAUGGCGAUUCGAAGAUUGUUUUGGACAUCGAUUUAGAGUACCCAAAAUAUCUUCCCAAAAUCAAAAGAAAAGAAAAAUGUUUUGAUAUUCAUUUUGUUUCAUUCCAAUAUUACAAAAUGCAAUCGGUUUUUUUUUUUUUUUUUGUUUUUCUAGUCUAAAAUUGAUUAUUUCUAUGUAUUCAGUUUUCGAC